GAAAUGGCAACAUCCAGGCCUUACAAUUCCACGCAAAUGGCUCCAAAACACAGGCCUCAACCCUUCUGCCGUUUCUAGAACCCUCUACCGUCCCAUCUUAAACCCCUCGCUAGGGUUUUGCUCCAUUCUCACUCUUUCCCAUCACAAAGAUAAGAAGGAGCCCCAAAAUCGGUCUUCCUCCUCCAACGAACUUUCUCAAGGGGUAAAUGGCUCCAGUGCUUAAUAGAAGCUUGGCCACUGCUUCUCUUGCUUCCCUUCCCUCUUCAUCUCCCUUUUUAGUGAGAAACAGGAACGGGGUUUUAAAUCUCAGAAACUCUUUUUUGCCACAAAAUGGUCCCAGAAAAGGCUUUUAUUCUGCUGGGUUGAAGUGGAAGAUUGAGAGAAGGGAUAAUCGAGUCGCGGUGCGGUGCGAGGCUGCGGUGGCCGAGAAAGAGGCUUCCGAGUCUUCUGGUGAAAAGUUUGAGUACCAAGCGGAGGUUAGUCGCCUAUUGGAUUUGAUAGUUCAUAGUUUGUACAGCCACAAGGAGGUGUUCCUUCGAGAGCUUGUGAGUAAUGCAAGUGAUGCUUUAGACAAGCUGAGAUUCUUAAGUGUGACUGAACCCUCACUGCUUGGGGACUCUGGUGAACUAGAGAUACGUAUCAAACCGGAUCCAGACAAUGGAACAAUCACCAUAACAGACACUGGUAUUGGAAUGACCAAAGAAGAGCUCAUUGACUGUCUUGGAACUAUUGCACAGAGUGGAACUUCAAAGUUCUUAAAGGCUCUCAAGGAAAAUAAUGAUCUUGGGGCAGACAAUAGUCUGAUUGGUCAAUUUGGUGUGGGGUUCUAUUCUGCCUUUCUUGUUGCUGAGAAGGUUGUCGUGUCUACGAAGAGCCCAAAAUCAGAUAAGCAAUAUGUUUGGGAAGCUGCAGCUGAUAGUAGCUCAUAUGAGAUCAGGGAAGAAACUGAUACUGAAAAUAUUCUACGUCGUGGAACCCAAAUCACUCUCUAUUUAAGGCCGGAUGACAAGUAUGAAUUCUCAGACCCAGCUAGGAUUCAGGGUUUGGUGAAGAAUUACUCUCAGUUUGUUUCCUUCCCCAUCUAUACAUGGCAAGAGAAAUCGAGGACUGUUGAGGUGGAAGAGGAGGAAGAACCAAAAGAAGGAGAAGAACCAAAGCCAGAGGGUGAGAGGAAAAAGAAGACUACUAAAACGGAGAAAUACUGGGACUGGGAAUUGGCCAAUGAGACAAAGCCAAUUUGGAUGCGGAAUCCAAAGGAAAUCCAGAAGGAUGAGUACCAAGAAUUCUAUAAAAAGACUUUUAAUGAAUUCUUGGACCCAGUUGCAUACACUCACUUCACCACUGAGGGUGAGGUUGAGUUUAGAAGUGUCUUGUAUAUUCCUGGGAUGGGUCCUCUUAACAAUGAAGAUGUAAUUAAUCCAAAAACAAAGAAUAUACGCUUAUAUGUGAAGCGGGUAUUUAUCUCAGAUGAUUUUGAUGGUGAGCUGUUCCCACGCUACUUGAGCUUUGUGAAGGGUGUUGUGGAUUCAGAUGACCUUCCUCUCAAUGUUUCUCGAGAGAUACUUCAAGAAAGCAGAAUUGUGCGAAUAAUGAGAAAGAGACUUGUCCGGAAAACAUUUGACAUGAUUCAAGAGGUCUCAGAAAGUGAAAAUAAAGAGGACUACAAGAAAUUGUGGGAGAAUUUUGGCAGAUUCCUAAAGUUAGGAUGCGUUGAGGAUUCUGGAAAUCACAAGCGCAUAACACCGUUGUUGCGGUUUUACACUUCCAAAAGUGAGGAGGAGCUGAAAAGCUUGGAUGAUUAUGUUGAAAACAUGGGUGAAAAGCAAAAUGCUAUCUAUUACUUGGCAACAGACAGCUUGAAAAGUGCCAAGAGUGCUCCUUUCUUGGAGAAGCUGAUUCAAAAAGACAUCGAGGUUCUGUACUUGAUUGAACCUAUAGAUGAAGUUGCCAUCCAGAACCUGCAGACAUACAAAGAAAAGAAAUUUGUUGACAUUAGCAAAGAAGACUUAGAGCUUGGUGAUGAGGAUGAGGUGAAAGAAAGGGAAACAAAACAAGAAUAUAAUCUUGUCUGCGAUUGGAUAAAGCAACAGCUUGGUGAUAAGGUAGCAAAAGUCCAAGUCUCAAAGCGACUAAGCUCCUCUCCCUGUGUGCUUGUUUCUGGAAAGUUUGGAUGGUCUGCUAAUAUGGAAAGACUGAUGAAGGCUCAGGCUCUUGGAGACACUUCAAGUUUGGAGUUCAUGAGGGGAAGGAGAAUAUUGGAGAUUAAUCCAGAUCAUCCCAUCAUCAAAGAUCUCAAUGCUGCAUGCAAGAAUGAUCCUGACAGUACUGAUGCCAAGAGAGCUGUUGACCUCUUGUAUGAUACAGCAUUGAUCUCCAGUGGAUUCUCGCCUGACAGCCCAGCCGACUUGGGAAAUAAGAUCUAUGAGAUGAUGGCAAUGGCCCUUGGAGGAAGAUGGGGCAGAUUAGAAGAGGGAGUGGCAGAUGCACCCCAAGAUGAUGCUGCAGAAUCCAGUGUGACAGAUGGCGAAACUUUUGAAUCACAAGUGGUUGAACCAUCUGAAGUGAGGACAGAGAAUGAUCCUUGGAGUGAUUAAACGUCAUAUUUUGGAAGUGUUUCAUUAUUGUUUAGGAAAUAAUGCACGGGAAGAGAAUUGCAAAGAACUUUUUUUUUUGUUGGGGGGGGGGGGGGGGGGGGGGGGGUAAGAGAGUGUAUACUGAUUACCUAGUGGGAAAAGAGAGUUUUGCUGGUUGCGGUUCGUGUAAGUUUCACAAAUGGGUUCCUGCCAGUUGAUUCUGGUAGGGAUUUGAAGGUCCACUUGUUGGGACAGGCUAGCACGACAGCAUUUCUUUUGGUGCUCCUACUUUCAUUUGCAUUCCAUUGACAGAAAAUCUGGUAUGUAAGAUGAAAAAUAACUUAAAUUUUU